AUGGACGGUAUCGCCAGAUCCGCCGAUGCUCUCAAGGCUCAGCCCGAGGUAAACUUCCCGGGGACUCCCUUCUUUCAGGGCGCGGAAGCUCCUUGCCGCUUUGAAGCCGAAGUCUACAACUGCGUUGUGCGUGGAGAAAUUCCAAAAGAAAUUGACGGAACCUACUAUCGCUGCAUGCCCGAUUGGUCGUGGGCUCCUCUGUACGAGGACGACGUCUUUAUCAAUGGUGAUGGUGCCAUUGACGCGAUCCGAAUCAAGGGAGGCCACGCCGACUUCAAGCAGAAGUAUGUCAGAACUGCCAAGUUCUUGAUCGAAAGGGCUGCGAGACAGUCUGUUUUUGGCAAAUAUCGAAACCGCUUUACCGACGAUGCCCGCGUCAAGCACGAAGUUCAUUCUACUGCGAACACGCACAUCAUCUACUUCGAGAAUCAACUCCUGGCACUCAAGGAAGACUCGAAGCCCUAUGCAAUGGACCCGGACUCUCUUGACACCAAAGGGCUCUACGAUUUUGGAGGCCAAUACUCGGCUCCCACUUUCACCGCACAUCCCAAGAUUGAUCCUGACAACGGUGAAUUGAUCACGAUGGGUUACGAGGCCAAGGGUGAUGCCACCAACGAUGUUGCAUACUACCUGUUUGACAAAGAUGGCAAGAAGCUCGAGGAGUGCUGGAUCAAGACCCCAUAUGUGGGAAUGAUGCACGAUAUGGCAGCCACUAAGAACUGGGUCGUUUUUGUCCUCAUCCCCCUCGAGACCCAGCCAGUUGAGCUCCUACAGAAGGGUUCGAAGCACUUCGCUUGGUCCGAGGACAAGCCUCUUACUUUUGGUAUCCUUCCGCGACGCAAUCCGAAGCCAGAAGACGUUCGCUGGUUCCACUACGACAACGCCUUCUACGGGCACACAGGAAACGCAUUCGAGGGCGACGAUGGAUGUGUUUAUCUUGACGCCCCACUGACCUAUCACAACAAAUUCUGGUUCUUUGGUCCCCGAGGCGAGGACCCAUUCACCCAUCCCAGCGCCAAACCUAACAAUGAUGGACGCCCGGAAAGCCAUUACGUGCGCUGGAAGUUGGACCCUAACGCAUCUGACUUCCGUGUUGAGCCAACCGAACUCGUUAACCUGGAUGGCGAGAUGCCCAAGCUCGAUGAGAGAUUCGCCACCAAGAAGUACAACAAACUCUUUUUAUGUGUUCACGAUCCGAACGCCGAGCACAGUCCUGUUGGCGGAACCUACAACACUCUAGCCUGCGCAGACGUCAAUACAGGUGAAUACAAAUACUGGUCUGCCGGUGAACAUACCGCACUGCACGAGGUGGCAUUUAUCCCGAAAUCGCCGGAUGCACCCGAAGGUGACGGGUAUUUGAUCACCAUUGCCAACAGGCGCGACGUGAAGCUUUCCUGUAUCCUCAUUCUCGAUGCCAACAGUGUCGAAUCAGGCCCUGUGGCUAUUAUUGAGCUUCCUUUCCGCCUGCGCAACGGUAUCCAUGGAAGCUGGAUCCGAAAGAAGUUUGCUGGAACAACCGUCAAGCCAGCUCUGCUUUAG